AUGAAGAGCGAUGCAAAAUUGGACCUUUAUGAAAUCCUGGGGGUGGAGAAGAAUGCCAGCGUGAAGGAAAUCGCCAAGGCGUACAGGAUACUGGUGCUGACGUACCACCCGGAUAAGUUCGCCGCCCGGAGGGGCAGGGUAAAGGAGAAGGGUGAAGUGGGCGAGGCGGGCGAGGCGGGUGAGGCGGUGGAUGAGGAAAAGACGAACGGGAAGCUGGACGUACUCGAGAAAGAAACCGUAGAUGAGGAGGCAAACGAGGGGGAAGACGAAACGGUGAAGGGAGGCGAGGACGCCCCACAGAAGCGCGAACAGGACGCAGAGGAACCGCUCACCCUGCAAAAGUGCAAAGAGAUGUUCCUCCAAAUUCAGAAGGCAUAUGAAAUAUUAAGAGACCCAGAGAAGAGGAAAAAUUAUGACGAGUUUGGCCUGGAGGAUGAAGAAUGUAGCGAAUUUAAAAAUUAUUUAAACCCAAAAUUAUUUCAUGCAAGAAUUAAAGUGGAGGAUAUACUUAACUAUGAAAAGAAAUAUAAAAAUAGCUCAGAUGAGAAGGAGGAUUUGAUCGAAUUUUACAAUAAAUUUAAUGGAAAACUGACCCACAUUUUGGAGUACAUUCCAUUUAGUGAAGAAGCUGACUUGGGCAGGUUCCUAGACAUCUACAGUGGUUUGUUUAAGUCGAAGGAAAUUGAAAAAACGCCUGACUAUGAAAAGUCCCUAAAAAAUAUUAAUAACAUUGUUAAGAAGUAUGCCAGUUUGAAGAAAAAGGACUCACGGAUGAGCAAAAAAAGGAAAAUGGCUGCCCCCCCCCUUGACGAUUUGGUCCUGGCCAUUCGGAAUAAUGAAGCGAAGAGGACGUUAAAAAUGAACAACCUCCUCUCCAACAUCGAGAAGGAAUACCAGAAGAAGAACCCCAAGAAGAGGAAGGUCAAGCCGCCGACGGAGGAGGAGCUGAACGAGAUUAGCAGGCGGCUCGAGGAGAACAAAAGGAAGAACGCCGCGGCGAAGAAGUUGAAGAGCGCGUGAUGGGUGAGAUGCGUUAUGUGUGGGAGGUGCGUUAUGUUCGUUAUGUGCGUGUUUUAAUUUUUUUGUGAACCUGGCGUGGUUACGCGUCUGUGUCGGUCACUCGCCCGUCCGGUCCCCGCCGCUUAAAGAAGUGCGCACGGGGCAGGCUGCUUAUGCAUGUGCGUUUAAUUUUAUUUUCCUUUUUGUACAAUCGAUGUUUAUAUUGUCACGUGUGUGUUUAUUUACUUCCACACCGCUGCGCUUGCUGUGAUUGACGUGCGCGCCCGCCUUUUCCCGCUCCUUUUUUUUGUGAAGUGGCCACAGUGACUUAUGAUAAUUAAAUCAAGAACGAGUCGUUCUUAAGC